AGAAGAAGAACGGGGCAUGGCCAGAGGAAAAAAAAAUCAGAUAGCAACCACCAUUUUGUAUCCUUUGACUUUGCCAAUGCGUUUAAAAUUGGGAAAGUAGAGCAAUAACCAUGGAAAUGAAGUGCCAGACACUUCUCUAGUUUUCAGUUUUUCACGAUGAAAGAGGCCGGCAUCGGCAUGGUUGUCGUCCUCCUCCUCCUCCUUUUCCUAUCCAGGCCGCUCGCGGCCGACGACGCCUACUCGGAGUACUCCUGCAAUGGCACCAGCGGACACUACACGGCGCGCGACGCCUUCGGGGCCAACCUCGAGCGCCUCACCGCGGCGCUCCCCGCAGACGCCUCCGCCGCACCGUCGCUCUUCGCGUCCGCGACCGUCGGCACCGGCCCUGACACCGUCUUCGGCCUCGCGCUCUGCCGCGGCGACAUCACGGACGCCAGGGCAUGCUCCGGCUGCCUCGAUGACGCCUUCAGGAAGCUGCGGGGCCUCUGCGCUGGCAUCAGGGACGCCACGUUCUACCAAGACCUCUGCACGCUCCGCUACUCGGGCGAGGACUUCCCGGCGCGUCCCGACGACAACGGUCCCGUGAUCAACGCCAUGGACGUGAACGGGUCGACGUACGCCGGGUGGGACAGCCGCAACGCCACGUCCCGGAGCACCUUCCUGUCGCUGGUGGGCACCCUGUUCUCGGAGAUGUCCAUGUACGGCGCCUACAACUCCACGGCGCGCCGGUUCGCCACCGCCGCCAUGUACGUCAACCCGACGCUGCCGACGGUGUACGGGCUCGCGCAGUGCACGCCGGCGCUCUCCCCGGCCCAGUGCUGGCACUGCUUCCAGGGCCUCGAGGCGCUGAACCGCCAGUGGUACGACGGCCGCGAGGGCGGCCGCAUCCUCGGCGUCCGCUGCAACUUCCGCUACGAGGCCUACCAGUUCUUCGCCGGUUCCCCGGUUGUCAAGAUUGGCUUCUCUGAUGCUCCCCAAUCUUCGCCUACAGCUAAAGGAAGCAACGGAAGCAAUCACAAGAUGAUCUUAAUAAUUGUUCUAUGCGUGUCGAUUUCGGUGCUCUGUUCUCUCUUAGUCGGGUGCCUUCUGCUGAUCAUCAGAAGAGUAAGAAAAGGAGGAGGGAAGACGAAAUUACCCCAUCUACAACCACAUUCCAGAAGCAGCUCGAAAACAGAGGAAGCGCUGAAGCUGUGGAAGAUCGAGGAGAGCAGCUCAGAGUUCACGCUGUACGACUUCCCCAAGCUGGCUGCCGCCACGGAUGACUUCUCCGAAGACAACCGGCUCGGAAGAGGCGGCUUCGGGCCUGUUUACAAGGGUACGUUGCCUGAUGGAACCGAGGUGGCGGUGAAGAGGCUGUCGGCGCAGUCCGGGCAAGGGCUGGUAGAGUUCAAGAACGAGAUCCAGCUGAUCGCCAAGCUGCAGCACACGAACCUGGUGAAGCUCCUGGGGUGCUGCGUGCAGGAGGAGGAGAAGAUGCUGGUGUACGAGUACUUGCCCAACAGAAGCCUAGACUUCUUCAUCUUCGACCAAGAGAGAGGGCCGUCGCUGGGUUGGAAGAAACGGCGGCACAUAAUCGAAGGGAUCGCGCAGGGGCUGCUGUACCUGCACAAGCACUCCCGCGUGCGCAUCAUCCACCGGGACCUCAAGGCCAGCAACAUUUUGCUGGACGGAGAUCUGAACCCCAAGAUCUCCGACUUCGGCAUGGCCAGGAUCUUCGGCUCCAACAUGACGGAGGCCAACACCAACAGGGUCGUCGGCACCUACGGUUAUAUGGCCCCUGAGUACGCUUCCGAGGGCAUCUUCUCGGUGAAGUCUGACGUGUUCAGCUUUGGUGUGCUGCUGCUUGAGAUCGUGAGCGGCAAAAGGAACAGCGGCCACCAACACUACGGGGAAUUCGUCAACCUCCUUGGCUACGCAUGGCAGAUGUGGAUGGAAGGGAGAGGGUUGGAGCUUGUGGAGCCGACGCUGGGGGAAUGCGGCGAGGUGGCGAGCAUAAUGCGGUGUAUCAAGGUGGCGCUGCUGUGCGUUCAGGACAGCGCGACGGACCGGCCGACGAUGACGGAGGCGACGGCGAUGCUGGGCAACCACGGGGUGCCGCUGCCGGACCCGAGGCGGCCGCCGCACUUCGACCUGCGGGUCAACAGCGGCGACGACGACGAUGACGACGAGGAGGAGGGCGGGUCGGGUCAGGAUGUGGUGCGGGCGGGGUCGCACUUCACCGGAUCGUGCAGCACCAACGACGUGACCAUCAGCACCAUCCAAGAAGGAAGGUAGUAGCGAGCAGCAACGGCAUCCGUUGAUCGUUAAUGGAGUACCCGUGUUUUCUCCUCCUCUUCGUUUGGGUUUGAGAUGUUUCUGGCUGCUACCUGACAUGUACUCACUACAUUGUACGUGUACCAAAGCAUCUGCGGUCUGGCAGUGCUUUUGACAAACGGAUAGAGAAAAGAAAAGGAGUAGUACCAAAACUGUACAUUGAUCUGGACAGAAUGCAACAGAGUCGCAUGGUUUGCUCUUGACA